AUGAAGGUAGCUGACUUCUUUCUGUAUUUUGCGGCCGUUUCGUCCGCCGUCGUCGUUGCAGACGAGCAAGCCCCGUUAGGGCACGGCAAGAAAAAUGACGACCGAUUGAACGUCAUCGAUGAGAGGCUACGUCCGGUUGAAGAGGCUGCUCAAGCCGACGAAAUGUAUUCCUUCCGCAUGUUUUCUCCCUCAGAUACCUGGCUCGACUUUGUUCAGUAUAACUUUUACGGCCGCGGAAAUAUGAUGUUCUUUGAUGAGGAUUCCGUAUUCAAGGAUUUCGAUGAAGAGGACGACCUCGAUUAUCCGGCAACAACAGGCAACCUACGACCGGGACACGUUAAUAGCGGAUCGUCUGACAUGACAAUUUAUGAGCUUAUCAGGACCAGUCAAUUCACCACGAAGCUAGCAGCGCUCAUCGACGAAGACGAAAACAAGGACAUCGCCCGCAUCCUCAGUGAUAGCAAGGUUAAUCACACUGUCUUUAUUCCAACGGACAAAGCGUUCGACAAAAUAUCGAAGAAUCACCAGCUAUCUCCGGGGGCAAUUCGCAACAUCCUAUACUAUCAUAUCUCGCCCGGGAGCACCUUUCUAGCCCAGCGCUUAUCCCAGAGCAGUUAUACCGUGCCAACACUAUACAAGGAACCUGGCCUCGGCGAUGAUCUACCCCAGCGGUUGUCGAUCCGUUCAGAUUACCAUGAAUCAACUACAGUCAACUUUUAUGCUCGGCUUCUCGCGAACGAUAUUCGUGCAUCCAAUGGGAUCAUUCAGGUCGUUGACUCCAUUCUCAUGCCUCCGCCGUCAACACUUUCCAUCUUCAACCUGCUCCCAACAAGAUUCUCGACCCUCUCCCUUGGCCUUACCCGAACCAACUUGUCCUCGGUCAUAGAGGCAACAGUAAGUGCUUGCAAGGGCGGCACGUUCUUCGCCCCGUCGAACACGGCGUUCGAUGUUCUCGGCCCCCGCAUUAGCUCUUUCCUCUUCUCUGCCCAGGGGGAGGAAUACCUUCGCGCUCUGCUCGAGUACCACAUUGUGCGCAAUCAGACCCUUUAUUCGGAUGUCUGGUAUGCCGAGAAUGGUGAUAUCGAACCAUUAAUCAGCCCACUACCGCCGUCGUCGCUAUCGCCGCCAUCGCGGCCAUCGGACGCUUUCCUGUUAGCUCUAAUGACUAAGAACGCCAAUCAACCCCAGAUGUCUACAUACAUCGAACUUCCGACAAUGCUCGGUAAUCGCACUAUUGCAGUCGAUAUCAAGCAGCGAGGCUCAUUUUCCAAGUUUAUGGUCAAUGGCUACCAGCACAUCGUGGUGGCCACAAACGGCGUCGCUAGAGAUGGAAGCAUAAUUGUUCUCGAAAACUUGCUGAUGCCCUCAAAGAAAAAGGAGGGUGCUCGCCAUACGAGCAGUCGUCUAGGCUAUUUCCGCGACGAAGAUAUGUGCGACACGCUUGAGGUGUUCAAGGCCCGAUUUGCGGGCUUGGUCAUGGAUGACGGUAACGGUGACGAUUUCGAGUCUGACCUAUUCGCGUUCCUGGAUAGUCCAAGCUCGUAG